GCUACUGCUCAGUUCUACAAAAAAAUCAAUAUGUUGUGUGGGAAAUGUGCAGAUUUCACAGCCAGGAUCACCCGAGGAGCGGCCAGUGUGGAACCACUGCUUCAGGUCAGGACUGUGCCACCGCCUUCACUCCGGGAGCAGAUUUGGUACUUGUGUACUAUCAGGUACCGGUACCAGUACCUGUACCGGUACUGGUACAGCUACAGGUACCAGUCCGGUGGGAUGUGUGCUGUAAUAUUGCUGCCAUUCAACGUGAGAAACAAAAUUAUCUCUGUCCUUAUAAAUGUAAUAUUCCCAAUGGAAAGAAAUUAUCAGCUGCAAAAAUAAUUAAAUGUUAUUGUAAAGCUGCAGUGGGCCAGUAUGGAUGUCUUCUCAUCUCCAGUUUAUUACAAAGUGUGCAAACACUGAGGAGCAAAACAAGGAAGAUAAACAAAUGUAAUUUAUACCAAUGAAACAUUUAGUGUGUUAGGUUUCACAGCUUCAUUAUUAUAAUAAGGAUUAAACAAGAUAAACAAAUACAGUAGUGCGUGUUAAAAUCAGGUGGAAAGUUUCAACAUUUUUUAAUGUAAUAUAAAUGUGUGGUGGAAUGGAAAAGACUUUCCAUGGUGAAAUUUGGACACUCUCUACUAUAUGUUGUUCGGAGCUAAAAUAAGUUUUUCUUUUGCAUGUAUCUUAGCCUGAAGUAAAUUAACUUUAAACACUUUGCAUUGAAAAAGCCAUCUUCAAUAUCUGAUAUGUGUUUCACUACAGUAAGCAGUUAACCAACCACAUGAUGAAUGCCUGACAUUUACUCGGAGGAAAUCACUCUUAGCUUGCAAGGUUUUUAAAACCAUUAUUAUUUUAGAUUUUUUUAGACACACUGCCUUUUUGUAGCACUGUGUUAAACUCUUCUGUGUUAGACUCCUUACUCAAAGGAAUAAGAAGAUAGCCUUGGCAGGAUUACAACCAUUUCCACAAACUUGUUUAUUGAUUCUUGAAGUUGAUAUGUCAGAGUACACUGUGGAAGAAAAUCCCAGUUUUGGAUAAAACCUGAUUUUUUUUUGUCUUUUGUCAGUUUGCCAGAAAUUCAGCCACAGCGACAUCUAAAAUUAUUUGUCUCCCUUUGCCUAUAUAACUGCCUCCAGCAUUUUGUUUAUCCUCUCAGUUCCCUUUUCUUCCUCCCUACCCUCUUCUUUUGGAUCUGCCAAAUGUCAAAUUGCUUUUUUCAGAUCAGGUCUGGACACCAAGACACCGAACAGUCUCGCCCACAGUCUGAUUUGCUGUUAUUUUAGUUGUUAUUUUUACAACCUAAACAUCUACACUUCCAUCCACUGGGAAUCCCAGACACUUUAACUCAUGAUUAACUCUAGUUUUAUAUAAUAUACACUGAUAACAUUAUGACCACCUGCCUUACAUUGUGUUGGUCCCCAUUUUGCUGCUGAAACAGCCCUGACCCGUCCUGCACUGUGUAUUCUGACCCCUUUCUAUCAGAACCAGCAUUAACUUCUUCAGCAGUUUGAGUAACAGUAGCUCGUCUGUUGGAUCGGAUCACACGGGCCAGUCUUCACUCCCCACGUGCAUCAGUGACCCUCAGCUGCCCAUGACCCUGUUCCUUCCUUGGACCAAUUUUGAUAGAUACUGACCACUGCAGACCGGGAACACCCCACAAGAGCUGCAGUUUUGGAGAUGCUCUGAUCCAGUGGUCAAAAUGUUGACUUGCUGCCUAAUAUAUCCCACCCACUAACAGGUGCCAUGAUGAGGAGAUCAUCAGUCUCAUUCACUUCACCGGUCACUGCUCACAAUGUUAAGUCUGAAUAGAUUUCAUUAGAUAUUAACCAGAUACAAUAGAAGAUAUUUCUUUUCUAGUAAUGAAUACCAUGAGCUGGCAUCUGAAGAACGCUGUAGCAUUUGUCUGGACCAGCAGCUCUACAGCUGAGAGAGGCCAGAAAGGCUUGAGACUGCCGUCCUUACCUGUACAGGGUGGCUCACUGCAGACCGUUUCAGACACGAUGCCCUCCGUCAGCCUUGUGCUGCGUCUCAUUGGCUCAGAGUGUACAGACUCCACCCUGAGCCAGGUGGACUGCAGUCUGCUCCCUUGUGUGGAACUCUUCUCUGCUCUCAUUGAAGGACAGCUAGAAGCUCUUCACACAGCACUGGAGCAGGAGCUGGAGCCAGCAGACAGUGGAGACAACUAUCCCUGUAUAGAAAGCCACACCCUACAGCAGUCCACUCUUCAGAGGGACGGAUAUGAUUUGCCAGCCUAUGAUGCCCUCGCCCAGAUCCUCCCAGAAUAUCAGCACAUCUUCAAAACACCCAAAGCUCCUCAACAGAGUAAAGGAGAACCAAAAGAACAGACAAAGUCCAAGAAGUCCUUAGAGCUCAACCAAACAUUUGAAAUCCUUUCUCCACAUGAGAGACUCCCCGUGAUUAAUGUUCAGGAUGACGAUCCACAUGUUGCAGAAAUUACUGAACACCAGACGAAAGAGCUGGAGAACUAUCGUUCUGCCAUGUGUAAGAUGGCUGAGGACAUCCUCGCUCUGCGCUCUCAGGUGGUCAGUCUGGAGGAACAGAACAGUCAGCUUCGCAGUGAGCUCUCUAUGAACCAGGAUCUGGGGCGCACACUGCUGGACGACUCUGACAUUGACGUCAUGACCAAAGCUGAGAUUGCAGACAGAAUAAUUUCUCUGAAGUGCAAGCUGGCCAGUGAGACCAGUAAGGCAGUGGAUCAGAGGGAAAAGAUCCAACAGCUACAGAAUGAGCUCAUCAGGAAGAAUGACAGUGAGAAGGAGCUGGUGCGACUACAGCAAGCGCACCGACAACAACACGCUGUGCUGCAGCGCUACCAAGGACAGAUGAAGAAAAUCUCAAUCCUAGAGGCAACAAUAGGCCAACAGGAGAAGGUUAUUGAAAGGAUGGAGAAAGUGCUGUCCACAAAGCUGAGAGAGAGAAAUAAAGAAAAUACAGAGGAGAAGAAGAAGAAGAAGGUCUUAAAAGAAAAAGAUUCAGAGGAGAGCAGAAUGAGAGAGAUCGAGUCUAUACUGGCUGCAGAAAACUCUCGCCUAAGAGCAGAGCUGGAAAGACUUCGCCAGCAGCCGCAGCCGACGCCUAUUAUCAUACAACAACCUGCACAGCAGCCUUUUACAGACAGUGAGAAGCUCCGACUGUUGGAGCAGCUUGAGAGAGCGGAGGCCUGUGUCCGUAUGCUGGGCAAACAGCUGGAGGAGAACGCCAGGCAGUGGGGGAAAGAAAAGCAGGACAUGUUGACCAGACUCAGUGAAUACAGUCAUGGAUUUGCUCGCACAUCGACUUUGCAUCACCUGCCAGCGGUCAUUACACAACCUUGA